CUUUUGUUGUGCUCCUCGUCAUCGCAUUGCUGGUAUAGAGAGUGUUGGCGGGUGUGUAUAAACUUUAAAGUAUUAGAAUAGUUUAUCAUGUUUGCACAGAAACCUUACUGCGUUAUUAAACAUGACAAGUGGAAUAUUGUGUUGAUAUGGCAGUCAUAAUGGAGGUGUGAACAUGGCAAUGUGAGAUGGACCAAUCCCGCAAACGGAGAUUAAAUACUAGGAAACCUGGGCUUGCUCAGUGUAAAGUGGCGAGAGCUGGAGAGCUGGAGGUUGAUGUUACAGAGGCUACAGGAUCACACAGGCACUUCAGUAACAUUACCAUCAGAGCCUCCAGCCCGCAGUCUGACAGCUCCUGUCAAGAACAAGACGCUGCAUGUAUCCAGAAGCCUGAAGGUGACGCUGAGAAGACCUCGAUCAUCACAUGCGAUAAGGAACAGGGUGGAACCCGAACGCCGGGCAGAAGGAAAGGUCUGAGAAGGAAAAGAGUAGAAGCUGAAGUAGAAGCUCAGCAGAAGGAAGCUGAAGAUGAAAUCCAGCCAGAGGUGGAGAUUGACCAAGAGCUGGACAGAGAACUGGAAAAUAAAUCUCGACAACAUAACCUGACCUCUGCCAACGUUCGUAGCAUCAUUCAUGAAGUGAUCACCAAUGAGCAUGUUGUGGCUAUGAUGAAAGCUGCUAUCAGUGAAACUGAACCCCUUCUUGUGUUCGAGCCCAAGAUGACCCGCUCUAAACUGAAGGAGGUUGUAGAGAAAGGAGUUGUCAUUCCCGCUUGGAACAUUUCACCAAUAAAGAAGCCCACAAAGGUGAAGAAAGGACCCCAGUUUGUGGAUAUUCCUUUAGAAGAGGAAGACUCUUCUGAUGAAGAGUAUCGGCCUGAUGAAGACGAGGAGGAUGAGACAGCUGAGGAGACUCUUCUGGAAAGUGACUUUGAGAACUCCUCGUCUUCUCCACGGUGCAGUCGAGUGAACCUCCACAGAUCACACUCUGAACAUGAAGAGGACGCAGCCAGCAGCUCGAGACUGAACCUUCAGAGAUCUAGGCACCUGAAGGUGGCUGUCACUCCAAUGGGACCCCCACCAGCACCAGCGGCCCCCUCCAGGGCCCCCCCAGAGUGCAGCUUCUUAGAGAAACUCCAUGCGGUGGACGAGGAGCUGGCCAUCAGCCCUGAACACAUGGAGGUAUAUCAGAGUCUCAGUAGUGCUAAUGGAGAGGAGAGCCUGAUUUCGUUUCGCACACGAUCCAAGCGCCCGCUGAGGAACAUCCCUCUGGGGCGCCUGGAGGCGGAGCUACAUGCUCCUGACUUCACUCCAGACAUGUAUGAGUUUGGCUCCGCCCCUGAGGACAGAGAAUGGACGCAGUGGCUGCAGGGCCUCAUGACUUCAGAUAUGGAGAAUGAAGAGGAGGGUGAUGAUGAAGACGACCCCGAGUACAAUUUUCUGGCUGAGACUGAUGAGCCUGAUGUGGAGGACUAUAGGAAUGACAAGGCAGUGCGCAUCACCAAAAAGGAAGUCAAUGACUUGAUGGAGGAACUAUUUGACACACUUCAGGAUGAAUUAGGGGGUCAGGAAGAAGAAGGACAUGAGGAAGAAGAGGAAAAAGAAGAAGAGGAGAGUCCCUUACAGGAGCCACCUGGCAUUAUGGAGAAUAUUCAGUACCAGGACCCAUUAGCAGAUGUCUUGAAGCAGCGAUAUCGUACAGUGCGGGAGCAGCUGGCGGCGGUGAGGAAGCGGAAAGCUCUGCUGGAGAGUAAAGGAGUGUCUGUACCUCCAUCCUGUCCUCGACGCCCCUCCAGCCCCAUAACAUCCUUGACCCUGAACACAGCUCAGAAACUACAGCUACAGCAGCAGAUCCAGCAGCACGUGCAGCUCCUCACACAGAUGAACAUGUUGUGCAGUUCGGUUAAAGGUCUGGAGACAGAGGCUUCAACCAGCAGACAGUUCUUGUUGGAGCUGCAGAUGUUUGCCCAGCGUGGAGAACCAUCCUGCGAUCCAGUAGAGCAUGUCUUCACCAGCAUCUUCAAAGCCUGCAACCUUCAGGGGGCUAUUUCUCUCCUGGAGGAAUUAGAUCAGUCACCCAAAGGGGACCCUGCAGUCUCGAGUCCAGGUUUCCCUGGAUGUCAGUUGCCUGCUCCUUUGGCCUGGCUUAUGGCGACUCGACCGGUGUUUCUCUACCCAGAGCUACUUCCUACAAUCCAGCUGCGUCCUUCUAGAUUCAAAGGACAGUUUACUUCAGCAGAAGAUUGUCUUGUUGUUCUAGGUCAUAAGCAUUUAAGAAGUACCUUAAACCCACUGCAGAUGACUUGUCGCUAUCUGCUUGCUGCUAGGAGCUUUAUCAGUUUAAAAUCACACAUCCGUGAUGCAUGUCAUAAGCCCUUUCCCAAUGCCAUCAAGACAUACUUUGUGAUGGGAAAAUGCCCUCCCAUGCCCUUGGCCUGUAAGAGGGUCGGCCCUUUUGACCAGCGCCCCCCGGUGGAGCGAGAAAAGAGCCUCAUGCCUGAUUGGCUCUCGAAAAACCUGAAGCUUGUAAUAAUGUUUAACCAAGGAUCUGGAAACUUCCAGAGUACCAGUUCGGCAGAAGAAGCCACCAAGUCUCCAGGUCCAGGAGCUCACUGUAGCUUCUCUCCAGGCAUGCGUUACCCUCCCAGGCUUCCUGAGGACCUUGCUCAGACACUUGAAUCUUUGUCUUUGGGCUCCUGUAAAAAGAAAAAAGACAAGACUGCUAAAUUAACCAAGCCUUUGAAACCUCCCCCAUCAGCUGAGGAGCUAGAAGUGUUUCUCAACCAGUUACCAACCAUUUUACCAAAACCGAAUUCAUGCUUGUCUAGAAAAGGAGCUACGAAUGGUCCUUUAGAGAGAGCGAUUAUAGUAUGUAACGUGUCAAACGUGCCUCCGAUGGGACGAAACCCAGGUGGAGAUGUUGACACUUUACCGCCUGCUCCAGUCGCACCUGAACUGAGCUCUUCAAGGACUGUUCCUGUGAAAAAUGUUGUAGAAACACCAAUGGGUGUCUCUGGUUCUCCACAGAGAGCUCAAGUUGGUGCAACCCAGGGGGACGUAAUCAUCACGUUACCUGCUGCUUUGGCACCAGAGCUGAAUCCCUGUCCUUCAGGGCAUAUAACUGUCAAUCAAACUGCACAAAUAGUCACCUCUAAUGCUCUAAUAUCUCUUCAACCACCUACGGUUCCCGACAGCUUAAUAUGUCCCACCACCAUCAUAAAGACGUCCACAUUCAACGCCCCAUCAGCUAUAGAUAGUCAGCGCUGUGGCACUCAGCCUAAAGUUAUGCCGAGGGCUUCUGGUGGUCUAGCUCAAAUACAUCAAAAACCUCUAAAUCGUUUUUUUCUCCUUCCUCCGGGCUGUGUGUUUGCAAGCAGCAGCCUUGGCCAUCAGAUAGCUGGACAAGAUCAAACCUUGAAAGGUUCAUCAGCUCUGAAGAGCACAGACAUUUUUCACAGCAUUGAUGGGCCACAAGGAGGUCCACCACAGAUGACAUCCGUUCAUGAUGCUCCUUUUGAGUGCUUACAAGAAACCGCUGCAGCAGAGGAAGAGCUGAAUAGUGAUGAUGGAGGAUGGAUUGAGAAUGAGGUGGAAGAGUGUGGUGAAGAGGGCCCCAGAGAGCUCUUUCUCACACUUUCUGAAUCCUCCGGGAGCCCGACGCCCAGCAUUGAGGGGGAAGACGCUGACAUGGAGAUGCUUUUGGGCAGGAGAGAGAAACUAGAGGAGCAGAAAUCAAAAGAAAGGCAAGGCAGCAAUAGGCUGACGGUGGUGGAGAAGGAAACAGGAAACAAAGAUGUUUCAGACGUCCUGUUUGUUCCAGAACUUCAGAAAACCCUUGAGAAACUCUCACAUCUGACCACAGAGAUGAGAUGUGAAAAGGAAGGAAGUUCAGAUGAUGGAGAGUCAAACCAUCAACCUGCAGGUGCCCACCGUACCGGUAGUGUGGAGAGUCCUUUGGUUCUUUAUGAUGAUGCGCCUGAUGACGAUCCUAACAGAGAUGCUAAAGAUGCCGCAUUUGCCCAGGCUUACCUGGAGAAGGUCUAUGAGGUGCUGCAGAUGGUUCCUGGGAAAGUGGACGAGUUCUUGACUGUUCUCUCAGAGUUUGAGAAAGACCCAGAAAGUCGCACGUCACUAGAGCUGCUGACGAGACUCAAGCCUGUGCUGAGCGACUGGCCUGAGCUGCUUCGAGAUUUUGCUGCCUUCCUGCAUCCAGAUCAAGCCAGAGAGUGUGGCCUGCUGGCGGAGCAGCAGGCGUUUGAGCGCAGCAGACGGUUUCUGCGCCAGCUGGAGUGUACUUUUGGAGAGCAGUCUGAUCUCUACAGAAAAGUGGUGCACAUUCUACAAGGGGGUCCUUCACAGGAUCUUCCUGACUUCAGAGAGAUGAAAGCUCAACUAACAUUGCUGUUCCGUGAUCACACUGAUUUGCUGGAGGAAUUCUGGGAAUUUUUUAAGCAGCUGUACCCACAAGUGCAAGAUGAGGAUCGUGCCGACAAUGUGGAAACCAGUCAGGGCUUGGAAGGAAACCAUGCAUGUCAACCAGUCAGAACUGUCUUACCAGAUCAAACAGUGGAGCCUGUCAAAACAGCCAAUAUACACGGACGAAAAAGAAACAAACAGAUGGCAGAAACUAAAAAGAACAAGGCCGAGAAAAACAGUGUGGUAGCAGAGUCAAAAACAGAGGCAGCUGAAUCUUCUUCAGUGGACAGUCAACAGUCUUCGUUUAACGCCACAGGAAGCUCAGUCUGUGCCAAGAAUAUCUCUUGCGCAGCAAAUGGAAAAAAAGUAGUCCUUUGGACGAGGGAGGCAGACCGUGUAAUACUGACCACCUGUCAGCAGAGAGGAGCCAAACCGGACACGUUUCAUGCCAUUGCAGCCCAGCUUGGCAACAAAUCAGCCAACGAGGUUUUGGAGCGCUUUCAAGACCUCAUUAGGUUGUUCCACAAAUCCAGCAUUUUACAUCCCACAAGCCAAUCGGACCCAGAGAUCCAGUCCAGUACGAUAGAAGAUGAACCAGACUGACUUUAAAAAUCUGUUGAGCAAUAAGACUUGAACGAUGUGUGCAGGCCGGACCUGCCUCCUGAAUUGAAGCAGAAAUAAUGUAACAUUUCAAAUCCAUUUUCCUGAAGAACUUUAACAAAUUUGGGUAAAAAUAUAUUCAUGAUUCUUGAUUCUGAAGGCAUACACAAGCUUCAAACAGUAGUAAGACAUUAAAAACAUUGUGUAAUUAUUGUUACGUUUUUAUACAUGAUGUGAUUUUUUUUUU